AUGCCAGCGAAGAUCAUCUUUCGAAAGGGGAGAACCUUCCUUGCGAGGUGGGGGAAAAGAGCCUUCGGCUCGCCUACGCACGAAGACGCCAUCGGGUUUAAGAGUUGGUUGUAUUGUCCGUACCGUCAACAGGAGUUCCGGAAAUACAAACCUUCUAGCCACGCAGAAGAAUUGUCCUUUAACAAUGGCGAGAUCGUCAAAAUCUUUUCACGAUUUGGGAACUGUUCAUCGAUAAACUUUGCGAAAGGGAUACCGCGAUCAUGCAUUCCUUGCAGCUCAUACCGCACGAGUUUAUCGGUAGGCACUAUGAGUGCAAGCACUGCUGAUGCAAGCCAAACUUCGACGGGCGAGAAGAUAGCCCAAUCGUCGGCAUGUGAGGUAGUGCCUUCUGACAAUGAGCAAUCGUUUGUGCUUGAUGCGGAUAUCGUCCCUUUCGAGCAACCGGGUGUGGGUAGCAAAAACGGGGUAGACAUGAAGUCAGCGUACUCAGGCCAAAUUGGUAAUGCCAUUGUAGUUAAUGUCCUCCUUGAAGCAUUAAGUGCUGUGUUGGCAACCGAAUUCUUGAAGUGCAGUGCCAUCUCCGGAAAUUCCGGGAUGCCUCUGUAUAAUUCGUCGGAGAGAAUCAAUAAGAUAGAGAUGGGGGAGACUUUAGUGAAGGGAGAAAGGAUCUGCGGUAGAGGGUUGGGCGCGUAUGGCGGGGGUCCACCCUCUCGUUCUUGA